GUCCUACAACAGAGACGCAUCAAUUUUAAGCAACGUGCGUCACAGAUCAUUCUUCAUGUGCCGGCAGAGCAUAUUCGACGCAUCAAAGAAACCGAGGGAAUUGGAUCCAUCAGCCGCGAAACUCAACAUUUCUGUCAAACGACGACUAUGCACGGUCCUAAGCGAAUCUUCCAAGGCAAGAAGUUUUCUACACAUUUUUGGAUUCUCAUGAUGCUCGUGUCGGCGAUUCUACUUAUUUAUCAAGUUGCAUCACUUUUAUCAAUGUUCCUGAGCAAUCCCACUGUUUCCCAGGUCUCAUUCUUGAUAAGCGAAGAGGGUAUGGAUUUUCCUGUGGUGACGUUGUGCAACUUCAAUCCCAUAAAGAAAUCGUAUAUUCAGUAUUUGAACGCCACUGGAGACUUUUCCGAUGAACUGCUUGACUAUCUGAUGCAAUCGUUGAUAGACACUCAAACCCUGUACAGCAACGGCGAUCGAGCCGAGCUACAUGUUGGUGACCGAGCCUACAGGUCUAUCAAGCACAGCAUCCAAACUUCACCAUUGACGGUUUCUUUGAAGAAGCAGGUCUUCAAAUCAUUCUUGACGUCCAUAUGGAGGAGCAGUUCGAUGGCACCGGAGUACGUUCUGCUAUCGUCAGAUGAUUGGGGAAACUGCAGUACCAAAUGGCCGCCCUCAUAUCAUACCAAGCUUGCCUACUCGUCGGUCAACUGUGAAUCACUUUGCAAGGCUUACUACUUCUACGAUCGAUGUGGUUGCAGCCCGUUCUCUUAUAAUAUCGAUGUGUCGAUGCCGAUGUGCACACCUUACCAAACAUUCCAAUGUAUCGAUCAGCACAUUCGAACACAAGUCAAUGGCACCGACUAUUUCCGCAUGCCACAAUGUCAGGAAUGCCAAAUCGAGUGCAACAGUCUCGUCUACCAUGCUUACAAUUCAUACGGUUCCGGGUUUAGCAACGGAGCACUAAAAUGGUUGAGUCGCAAAAAUCCCGAGUGGAGCAAAGCUCACAUGAGGACCAACUUUCUCACGGUGAACGUUUUCCACCGGGACAUGGCGCACACCGAGUACCGACAAGUAAAGGCUACUUCAUUGACAGAAAUUCUCAGUGAGUUCAUUAGCGGAUUUACUCGAUCCUACCGUAUGCAAUCCGUUAUAGGUGACAUCGGUGGUAACAUGGGUAUGUUCCUGGGAAUGUCACUGAUUACGGUCACUGAGAUCAGCCUGUUCAUAUCAAAAAUCGCAUGGAUCGCUUUCUCCAAACGAAGACGGGACUACAUGUUCAACAAGAAGAAACGAGAAGUUGAAGAGAAGAAACAAUUGGAAGAAACGGUCUCGGUGUUCAGCACGUUACGCAGCCGUAAAUUCGGAACUGUUGGUGAUUCAUUCCGAGCCACUCAGUCACGAAUACGUUCACUUAGCAAGCAAGUUCGAAGCAGUUUACGAGGAUCAAAGGUCAGCAGCACUGAUUCGCCACCGUCAGCAACAUUGAUCGAACUGCAAAUAGAUCUACGAGAACUGAAGCGGCAAAUAGCCAACGGUGCGGUGAUUGAAACGGUCAGCAGAAAACGUGCCACGACAGCUCCGCCGACGCCGCGCGAAUCCAAGAAGACCGUAAGACGGAAAAGUACCCGAUGCGAGAAACCGCGUCACGGUUCAUGCGAACCGACCAGCAGGAGAAAACAAACUCACUGA